CUUCGGGGUAAAUACUUUGUACAGUAAAGAUCAACGCAACCACUUCGUUCAACUUGAACCUCGGCGGAAAUACUGGUAGUAUGUGUUUAGACACUAAAAGCGAGGGCGUCUGUGUGCGCGCAUGUGUUAUUGGGGCUGGCCCAACAGGACUUGUUGCUGCGAGGUAUCUGCUUGAGAAGGGCUACGAAGUAGUGGUGUAUGAGCAGGAUACAGGGGUGGGUGGGACAUUCCGAAAUAAGGUCUAUGAUGCCACCACUCUGGUAUCGAGCAAGACAAUCACAUCCUUCUCGGACCUACGAAUGGGCGAGGGUGUUGAGCGAGAACUCAAUGGGCCGGUGUGUGAUCACCCGUCAGCUGAGCGUUACGUACAGUAUCUCGAUACGUACGCGCGGUUAAACGGUGUGACGGAUACGAUACAGUUCGGGACUAAAGUUUUAAAUAUUGUGAAAAAGAAGCGCCGGUCAUAUCCCGAGGGAUGUAGGCAGCGUUAUGCAGAGCAACAGUGCGGGUCCGAUAUAGGGAGUGGGAAUACAUGUCAUAACCCUAUGUUUUCUGCUAUGCCACGGUUGUUGUUAGAUUAUGUGUACACUGUACACUACACCCAAGAUAUCCCGGUAUCGCCUAACGACACAAAUACCGGUAUGGCAACCGGUACGUCAACCGGUACGGCAACCGGUACGGCAACCGGUACGGCAACCGGUGCCACCGAUACAGUCACCUCAGAGCGGCCCUCUCUCGCCCGUGAAUUCGACUGUGUUGUGGUCUGCAGUGGUGUUCACAGUAACCCGAACAUACCCACUGAAGCGGAGAUACCGGGGCUUAAGGACUUCAGGGAGGAUGCCAAUACACAGGAGAUACACUCGAGCGAUUACAACGGCGAUGCAACACAGAAGGAGAGCCUGUUUGGCGCGGGGAAGAAUGUGCUGGUGGUGGGAUGUGGUGAGACCGCUAUGGAUAUCGCAUACAGGGCCGUUCAAAUGACGAAUGUUGCGAAUGUGGGUUUGCUAGCACGCAGAGGUUUUCUGUCCAUUCCAUACCAAAUGGGAAGUGAUAGUGUACAUACAGACGCGCAAUUAAAUAGCUCGCCGGGUAGUAACACAGCCGUUAAUAACGGUAGAAAGCUACCCUCGGCAUCAAAGGUCAAGAUAGGAAUGAAUUAUGGGCUUGGAAAAGAUACCCAACUCAAUAGAAAGGAUGAGACGAGCCACACCCCGAUAAACCAUAGUACCGCUAUUAGGAAUAGGGCAGAUAUCAAUGCCAAAACAACCGCAACUGCACAUGCUAGCGCGGAAUCCAGUAGGCCUCUGGAUGUUUUCAUCACCAAUAUGUUCGAGCACUCGUACGAACACCCGCUGGUGCACCGACUUCAGCUGAGAUGGGUGCUGUCGACGUAUGUGAUUCGCUUUGGUAUGGGACUGAUCGGUAGUAGUUGGGGUUGCAAUCAGUGGGCUGGAGCGGUUGAAGACGUUAAACGAGGACACCACAUCAUCAACAAGUCAUCCGCGGCCAUGCCACAUAUCAAUGCGGGGGUUAAAGCGGUACGAUACGGGAUGUGGGGUAGACUAUGGGAGUACCUAUGGGGAGAGAAGGACCUGAAACCCAUCAGUGUAUACGGAGGCAAGGGGGUGGGUAUUGAACGUAUAGUUUGUGCAGAAGAUUCGAGUUCGAGCGUGAGCGGAAAAGCUUGUUCGACUCAGAACAAGUUGAAGAAAUAUAAUGUGGAGUUUGCAGAUGGCCGUGUUUAUGAGGGAGUGGAUACGAUUGUGUUUGCCACUGGCUACAGACAGUAUUUCCCCUUUCUGCAGGACCGGUCCAUCACCCGUGGUUCGUCAGCAUGUGCCGACGACGUGACUUUGACAGAGGACCUGGAGUCGAUAGAAACGGGUGGGGACCCAGUAUCGCAAUCGCCUCGCACAAAGAAUUAUGAGGACAAACAUUGCAACGACAGUUCAAAGGAACAAAUCACUUGCUCAGAUAAAUACAAGGAGACAUCGGGAUGUGCUUUCACGUACAGGCAUGCAGCAGGGGAAGCCACCUUGCCGCUGAUGUCCAGCAAGACGGGAUUUUCAACUCACUAUAUCGUAAACGAAGAUACCGACUCAGGCAUUGCGUAUAUCGGGUUUGUCCGGCCGAAUGUGGGAGCUAUACCGCCUAUGAGUGAGCUACAGAUACAGUGGUACCUACAGUUUAUAGAGGGGGGGCUGGACAGGUGCCCGAGAGAGCGGUACACCAGGGACGAUGGCCUGCCGAGCUAUCUGUUGGUGGGGAGGAAGUAUCAGUACGGUGUGGACUACGGCAACUACAUGCAUCGAGUCGCAGAGGACAUGGGCUCAGCACCAACCUUGACGCACAUCACACGCUCUAUUUUCAAGCGUCCGACAUCGCUCUUAACGCGCGUGCGGUCCUGGUUACGCAUAAUGUUUACGUACUGCUUAGGCCAGGCUAUGGUGCCUCUAUUCAGACUCCAAGGACCGUAUGAAUCAACAACCAGUGGGUGGGACGUGGUGGAAGGCGAAUUGUACAGUGUGUGUGUGCGGAGAGGCUUGAUGGAGAAUAUCGGCCUAUUGGUGAUAUCGGUGUCUUUCCUGGCAUUGAACGUAGGCUUUCUCGGCGUGGAAGUAGUCUUGGUGAUACUGGGCUAUCAAAAACAAUUUGAAGGAUUUGCGCGAUAUAUGUGAGCAUCCAUCAUCCCCUAUUUGUACUGGGAACUCUCUAGAUAAGCCGUCAACUAGGUAUGACUUAUUAGUUUAAUGCAUUACCAAAUCACAAAGAAGUAACAAAUAGCAAGUAGAUAAAACAUUUAUAUAGAAUACCA